AUGGGCAUAACCGAGGCCGCUGAUAGAAUAGCUUUGGCAGUAUUCGAGCUUGAUGAUGAGGCUGACCAUUGGUGGGAGUUAAUCAAGAACACUCGUGAUGUAGCAAGCCUAUCAUGGAACCAGUUCAGGGAACUAUUCCUAAAUAAAUAUUUUCCAUGUACUAUCCGCCGAGAACGAGUCAAGGAAUUCCAAAACUUUGAACAAGGAAAUAUGACCGUGACCCAGUAUGCUGCAAAAUUUGAAGAGCUAGCCCGUUAUGCAACUAGAUACGUAGCAAAUGAUGAAGAGAAAGCAAGGAUGUUCGAGUGGGGACUGAACCUUACAAUCAGGGGAAGAGUUCUUCCGCAACGACUCUCCUCAUAUGCUGAGGUGUUGGAGACGGCAUUAGAAUCUGAAAGGGAAGUAAACGACGCCAGGAAAGCUCGGAACAUGAGAAAAGGGAGUCAGGCGUCUAUUGGACCUCAGAGGAACCAAAAUUUGAAGAGCUAG